AUGAACAUAAUCUUCAAAUUACAGCAUCUGCGUCCGAAACUUAUCUUAAAAAUGCCUCCUACCUCCUUAAUGCAUGUCUCCGUUAUUGGCUCUGGUAGAGAUGGCACGCCUAAAAGCCUUCUCAUAUGUACAGACACCACGCGCUACCUUGUCAAUUGUGGUGAGGGAACACAGCGGAUCAUUACGGAGCAUAGGUCUAAGGCCUCUCGUAUCCAGCACGCCUUCUUUACGAGGAUGACUUGGGACUACUUUUCCGGCCUUUUGGGGGUCGCACUUACAGUUCGGGCAGCUGGCGUCAAGAAAAUGUUUGUUCAUGGUCCGCCAAAAGGGGCAAGUUCAUAA